GCGAGAGAAGUUCAGUAGCCUUUGAGACCUCGCAGAGUGUAAGUCACAUUGGACAGACGACAAGGAAGUGGUACGAUGUCUGUUAAGCAAAAGUUAACGAAGGAAGAGACAUUGCUGCUGAGGAAGAAACACAUAGGACCCUCGUGUAAGCUAUUUUUCCGAUCGGACCCGCUGAAGAUCGUGCGCGCAGCUGGGUGUUACAUGUACGAUGAGAAAGGAUGCAGGUAUUUGGACUGCAUCAACAAUGUCUGUCAUGUUGGCCAUUGUCAUCCACAAGUUGUAUCUGCAGCAGUUGAGCAGAUGAGCGUCCUGAACACAAAUAGUCGAUUCCUUCAUGAUAAUUUGGUUCUCUAUGCGGAAAGACUGACGGCUCAUUUCCCCGAAAAGCUAAAUGUCUGCUUCUUCGUCAAUUCCGGCAGCGAGGCCAACGACCUUGCCAUACGACUGGCAAGAACGCACACUGGGAAGCGGGAUGUUAUAACCCUAGAUCAUGCGUAUCAUGGUCACGUCACAUCCCUUAUUGACAUUUCUCCAUAUAAAUUCAACCACCCCGGGGGAGAAGGCCAGCGUGACUGGGUCCAUGUUGCUCCAGUUCCUGAUGUGUAUCGAGGAAAAUACACCGACAAAGACUUCACAGUGGAAGAGUGUACUAAAAAGUAUGCAGAUGAAGUGAAACAGCUGUGUGAUAAGGCUACCAAACUCCACGGUGGAGUAAGCAUCUUUUUCGCAGAAUCUAUGCAAAGCUGUGGUGGACAGAUUGUUUACCCACCUGGUUACCUUCGUCAAGUUUAUAGCCAUGUAAGAGCAGCAGGUGGUGUGUGUUUGGCAGAUGAGGUCCAGGUUGGAUUUGGACGAGUUGGUUCUCACAUGUGGGCCUUCCAGACACAGGGGGAUGACAUAGUUCCAGACAUUGUAACCCUCGGAAAGCCUAUGGGAAAUGGCCACCCUGUGUCAGCAGUCGUUACAACAAGGGAAAUUGCUGAAAGCUUUGGAGCUACAGGAAUGGAAUACUUCAACACGUUUGGUGGCAAUCCUGUAUCAGCCGCUAUUGCAACUGCUGUUCUCGAUGUCAUUGAGAAAGAAAAUCUGUUGGAUAAUGCUACAAAAAUUGGAAACUUCCUAAAGCAAGAAUUUAACCGGCUUAAAGGAAAACAUGCCAUUAUUGGUGAUGUACGAGGCGAAGGAAUGUUCUUGGGCGUAGAUCUGGUAAAGAACAGAGAGACACGGGAACCUGCCACUGCUGAGGCUGCUUUCAUCAACAAAAGAUUAAAGGAGCAAUAUGUGCUGCUGAGCAAUGAUGGCCCUUACAGAAAUGUUCUGAAGUUCAAAAGCCCAUUGGUUUUUGGAAUGGAAGAUGCUAAAGAGCUUGUUGAAAAACUGGAUGCCAUCAUGACAGAGAUGGAAGCUGCAGAGAACAUAGUAGCGAAUGGCAUGGAGAAACUGAUGGUGAAUGGAAACCAUGACCCCAAGCAGGAACAGCAGCUCACAAAUGGCCACGCAAAUAAUAUUGAUGCACCCAGUGAAAUUCCAGUCAAAGUGUGACAUACUGACCCCAGCGGCAGCAGCAGGCCAGUCUGACGCAGCAAAUGUUCCUCCACAGCACCGUAUUGAAGUGUGCUCUAAAACUGAUUUGAUAUACAGUGAUUACCAUUGAUGUUAAGGGGACCAUCCCUAAAAUUAAGAGGGCAAGGGGGUCUAAUCAAAAACAUAUUAAUUAGAGAUGUUUUGAGACCAAAUUUAUGGGGACACUCACAAGGGGGGCAUUGCCCUAGCAGAAGAAAAUUAUUUCCACGUAUCUACGUGGUUGAUCAAAUGUACAACAGGAUAAUUAAUUAGGCCAAGAAGAAAAUAUCUGCAUGAACAUCAAUGAAUUCCUAAUCCAACUUCGCGGGCUUGCUUUUU